CACUAAUCUCUGGUCCAAACUCCCGAUGACCCCAACGUCGGGGAAACUGGGCCUACCUCUCUCAAACGACGAGCCUCUGGAAGGCAAGGGCGCCAAGAUCGAGAAAUGUGAGCUCAGAAUCGAGGGGAUGACUUGUGGGUCAUGCGUCGAGUCUAUCGAAGGCAUGCUGAGGCCACAACCUGGGAUCCAUUCGAUCAAGGUGGCUUUGUUAGCUGAACGAGGCGUUGUAGAGUAUGACCCCGACACUUGGGAUCCCGAUAAAAUCAUGAACGAAAUAUCUGACAUUGGUUUUGACGCGACCCUCAUCCCCCCUACGCGCUCGGAUGAGAUCACCCUCCGAGUCUAUGGGAUGACUUGUUCCUCAUGCACCUCGACGGUCGAAGGGCAACUAGGAGCAAUGCCCGGUAUCCUGGAAGUCUCUGUCUCUCUAGCGACGGAAACAUGCAAGGUGUCCUUCGACCGCGGGCUCAUCGGACCGCGUGAAAUGGUCGAGCGCAUCGAAGAGCUUGGCUUUGACGCCAUGGUCUCCGAUGAGCAAGACGCAACUCAGCUCCGCUCCUUGACACGAACGAAAGAAAUUCGUGAAUGGCGUUCGCGGUUUUGGUGGAGUGUUGCAUUCGCCGCUCCUGUUUUCUUGAUCACCAUGGUUCUUCCGAAGCUGCCCGGCAUGUUCCCUAUUAUCCACCACCAUAUCUACACCGGUAUAUGUGUCGGCCACCUCCUCGUUCUUGCUUUCACAUCACCUUCGCAAUUCUGGAUUGGGCGCAAGUUUUACAUCAAUGCCUGGAAGGCCUUGAAGCAUAAAUCGGCGACCAUGGAUGUAUUGGUAAUGUUGGGCACCUCGGCGGCGUAUUUUUACUCUGUCUUCGCAAUGUUUUUCGCAAUGUGGAAUCCGGAACCGGACUUCAUACCCCUCAUCUUUUUCGAUACCAGCACCAUGCUCAUCAUGUUCGUCUCCCUCGGCCGCUAUUUGGAGAACUCGGCGAAGGGGAAGACGAGCGCAGCCUUGACUGAUCUCAUGGCUCUUACUCCUUCCAUGGCGACAAUUUACACGGAUGCUCCUGCCUGCACUCAGGAGAAGCGGAUACCUACGGAACUUGUUCAGGUUGGUGACAUCGUCAAGCUUGUCCCAGGAGACAAGGUCCCUGCAGAUGGCACAGUCAUCAAGGGUUCGUCGAGCAUUGAUGAGAGCGCUGUCACCGGCGAGCCAGUCCCCGUGCUCAAACAACCAGGAGAUAGCGUCAUCGGCGGCACUGUCAACGGCCUCGGCACGUUUGACAUGACCGUCACCCGUGCCGGCAAGGACACUGCGCUCGCACAGAUCGUCAAGCUCGUCGAGGAUGCCCAAACUUCCAAAGCCCCGAUCCAAGCUUUUGCAGACAAAGUGGCAGGUUACUUCGUACCCGUCGUCAUUUCGCUCGCCGUUGUAACGUUCGUCGGAUGGAUGGGCGUCUCUUAUUUCUCCGACGAAGCAGCGCUCCCGAUGAUGUUCCACGAGCAUGGUGCGACUAAACUCUCCGUCUGUCUUCAGCUCUGUAUCUCGGUCGUCGUGGUCGCAUGCCCGUGCGCCCUCGGCCUGAGCACACCCACCGCCAUCAUGGUUGGCACAGGUAUGGGCGCGAAGAAUGGUAUCCUCAUCAAGGGUGGACGGGCUUUGGAGGCCAGCCGUCAUCUAAAGCGUGUCGUACUUGAUAAAACAGGAACGGUCACGGAGGGCAAGUUGACUGUCGCGGGUGUUGCCUGGGCGCUCACGCAUGAAUCGGGCGAGGGGCAAGCUUCGGGAGACGGACAGAUGGAGAUAGCUUCUUUGACCGCGACGGCAGCGGAUGGUGCCACAUCCCGCGCCGCGAUCAUUGCGAUGCUGUCCGCUACCGAGGCCCGUUCCGAACACCCUCUUGCCAAAGCUGUUGCCGUUUGGGGCAAGGACCUGCUGAGGGGCUACAGCGGUGCGCAGGAACCCGAGAUAGAAACAUUCGAGAGCGUCACCGGGCAAGGUGUCACCGCCACUAUCAAAUUGUCCAGGUCUGCGCCUGGGCUACCAGACAAGUACACCAUCUGGGUGGGCACUCCCCGUUUCAUUACACAAUCCGAUGAUGGAUAUCUCCCCUCGGUUCUCUCUGGCUUCGAGUCUCGUGAAGCGGUCAAGGGACGCACCCUGAUUUAUGUCUCUAUUGCAUCGUCGACUUCUCACCCAAUUCCCGUGCUUGCUAUCGCGCUUGCGGACGCACCGAAACCUUCGUCCAAGUAUGCUAUCAGGGCUCUGCAGAACAUGGGCAUCGAGGUUAAUAUGAUGACGGGUGAUGGUAGAGAGACUGCUUUGGCUAUCGCACAACAGGUUGGUAUCAAACCGGAGGGCGUAUGGGCGAGCAUGAGUCCGAAAGGCAAGGCAUCGGUUGUUACCGAGCUAAUGCAGAAGGGGGCAGUGGCGAUGGUCGGUGAUGGUAUCAACGACUCUCCGGCUCUCGUAGCUGCCACUGUCGGCAUCGCCCUUUCCUCUGGAACGUCCGUCGCCAUCGAGGCCGCGGACAUCGUCCUUAUGCGCUCCGACCUGCUCGACGUGGUUGCCGCGCUCCACCUCUCGCGCUCGAUCUUCGCCACCAUCCGCCGUAACCUCAUCUGGGCAUGCGUGUACAAUGUGCUCGGCAUCCCGCUUGCCAUGGGUCUCUUCCUCCCGUUCGGUCUCCACCUGCACCCAAUGAUGGCCGGCGCGAUGAUGGCGUUCAGUUCCGUCAGCGUCGUCACGAGCUCGUUGGCGCUCAAGUGGUGGGUGCGCCCAGCGGAGAGCCUGAUGCCCGGCGAGGCCGUCGAGCACGACAGUGUCUGGUCAAGUGCAUGGAAUGCCAUGGGCGGCGCGUUCGAGCGUGUGGGGAGCGUGUUUAGAGGUGGCAGGGGCCGCCAUGUGGGAUAUGACCAGCUGCCUGUGGAGAUGCACGAAGCUGUUUAAGGGACUUUGUUUAUUGUUCAGUAGUCGCGCGCGUUUUUGGGCCCCUAUGCGAAGCAUUGUCCCGUUCCUUAUUCGACAUUCAUUUCUCUGUAUCUUAUUUUGAUCUUAUAUGUUGAGUUCAAUCUAUCUUGUACAUU